UUUUUUUAAUUUUGGAUACUCUUGUUUUUCUUCGACGAUGGAAUUUUUGCAGUACGCCGGGAUCCAUGUUCCUUGGUCGCAGCGCCUGUUCCGAUUGCUAUCAUCUCGUUCCCUUCGCCGCUCGUAGCCACCGUCAGCUUCCAUUCCCUUCCGGCUUUGCUGAGAGCACAUGGAGGAUUAGAGUUUGGUGGGUGGGUACAUUCUUUGGCGAGAGUCUAUAUUGGGAUUUCUUGCGGCGAGAACAAUGUCAACGAGGAGUGAGCGUCACACAGUCCCGCUUUCGCUGCUGCUCAAGCGUGAAUUGGAGAACGAGAGGAUUGAGAGGCCCGAAAUUGUCCAUGGUCAGGCCAGCCAGAGCAAGAAAGGGGAGGAUUUUACCUUACUGAAGACGGAAUGCCAAAGGGUGGUUGGAGAUGGGAUCUCUACUUACUCUGUUUUUGGGCUAUUUGAUGGACAUAAUGGAUCUGCUGCUGCUAUAUACUCUAAGGAGAAUCUCCUCAAUAAUGUGUUAGGCGCUAUUCCUUCAGAUCUUAAUAGAGAUGAAUGGGUUGCAGCACUUCCUAGGGCUUUGGUUGCAGGCUUUGUUAAAACAGAUAAAGACUUUCAAGAGCAAGCACAGAGAUCAGGAACAACUGUCACCUUUGUAAUAAUAGAAGGAUGGGUCAUAACAGUUGCAUCUGUUGGUGAUUCCCGUUGCAUACUUGAACCUGCUGAAGGUGGUAUUUAUUACUUGUCGGCAGAUCACAGACUUGAUUGCAAUGAAGAGGAGAGGGAGCGAAUCACUUCUAGUGGGGGUGAGGUGGGUCGGCUUAAUACAGGUGGUGGUGCAGAGAUUGGUCCUUUGAGGUGUUGGCCUGGUGGUUUGUGCCUUUCCCGAUCAAUUGGUGAUAUGGAUGUUGGCGAGUUUAUUGUUCCUGUUCCUUAUGUAAAGCAAGUGAAGCUAUCUACAGCUGGUGGUAGGCUUAUUAUCUCAAGUGAUGGUGUUUGGGAUGCUUUAACUGCUGAGACAGCUUUUGAUUGUUGUCGUGAGAUGCCGGUAGAUGCUGCAGCUGCACAAAUUGUUAAAGAAGCAUUACAAGCAAAGGGACUUCGUGACGAUACAACCUGCAUUGUAAUUGACAUAUUACCACAGCAGAAGCCAGUUGCUCCUUUACCAGCGCCCAAGAAGCUGGGAAAAGGCGUGUUUAAGUCUAUGUUUCGUAGAAAAUCCUCGGAAUCAUCUUCUCAUGUUGAUAAAGAAUACAUUGAGCCUGAUGUGAUGGAGGAACUAUUUGAGGAAGGAUCUGCUAUGCUUUCAGAGAGGUUAGAUACAAAGUACCCUCUCUGCAACAUGUUUAGGUUAUUCACGUGUGCAGUCUGUCAAGUAGAGAUGAAACCCGGAGAGGGUGUUUCAAUACAUUAUGGUUCAUCAAACCCAGGAAGGUUGCGUCCAUGGGAUGGCCCUUUCCUUUGCUUAAGUUGCCAAGAGAAGAAAGAAGCCAUGGAAGGGAAAAGAUCAUCUGGAGAUAGACAUAGUAGUGGAAGUGACUAGUCAUCUCUCAGCUAUAUCCAUAUUUUGAGAGUAUUAACAGUUGUUUCAAAUUUGAUCGUUAAUGGAAAGUUGAAGCUUCCAGAAAAUAUUAUUUCCCUUCAAUUUCACAUGGAUGGUGUUCAGCUCUUGGAUCUAUUUGGCAUUCCACUUUGGAUCUUUUUGAGGAUCACCUUUUUAAUAUUUCAUUUCUUCAAGUCAGAUGAUCACAGUUAGAGGUGUUUGCUGUUUUGAAGAUUUGUUAUCUGACCUCCAAACAACACUUCCUGAGCCUUCCUCCCUUAAAAGAGUUGUGGAUGCUUUGAUAAAUUCACCAGUGCAGAAUCACGCAUUGUAGGUAAUUCAUUUCUUUCUGGAUUGAUUCCACUACACGCCAGUUCUGCCAUUUCAUAGAGUUAACACUUGAUGAAAGCAGCAUUUGGUGUAAUGUAUCAUAUAGGGAGUUUGAUGAGACCUCUAGAUUCAGUCCAAAUUCGGGAAACUUGUUUUACCAGCUUGCUGAAGAAUGUGUUUAUGCAGCAUAAAAUUUAUCCUUCCUUUGAGUAGUAGGAAGAUGAGCUUUCGGAAUAGAAGAUUAGCAUUGAUUUUCUGCUUUUGUUUUGUUUAAUGUGGUACUCAUCGCUAAGCUGUAUCUCCUUUGUUUUAUAAAUCAAUAACUAACUUGGAAUCUCUUAAA